UGCAGCCUAAGUUCUUCAGGCUGCAACUAACUCCAUUUUCACAGGCAAAUUCGGCUUGAAGAUUUUCGAUAAUUUUAUUUUUUCGAGAAUUUUCUGCCGAUCUUUGCCUAACCCACCAAUGGAAAUGAAGAAGAUUGCCUGUGCUAUCCUCUUCACUGCCGCCUCCAUGAGUGCAGUGAUGGCUGAGGAGGCUGCUUCUCCUGCCCCAGAACCAACAAGUGCUGCCACUGCUAGCUUGCCGGUUGUUGGAUCGUUGGUCGGUGCCUCCCUUGCAUCAUUCAUUGCCCUCUACCUCCAAUAAAGAAAAAAAAAAAAAAAAAUCUAACAGAGGGAGAGCAAACUCACAAGAAAGCUUCAAGAAAAAGAUGUUCUAACUAGCUUUCUUUGGUUAGAAUUUUCUUUAUUCUUUGGUUUUAUUUGUGUUUUCUUCUUUUUUAAAUUACUAUGAAGAGAGUCUUUUCUUCUUCUCAUUUGUUUGUUUCUCAUGUUAAUGUUUGCUUAAAAGGAAUAAAAUUGCCUUAAUUAUUAUUGA